AUGCUAGACCACGAUCCGAAUGAGAGCCGGAGAAAAAGGCGCAAGACGGACACGCCGUCGGGCGACGGUCCUACUACGGGUUCUACCGCGAUUCAUGAUCCCCAGAAUGCGCCGCCGUCACGGGACGGGGAUAACCUCGUGUCUGAACCACCGUCCGCUGGAAAUGGUGAACCACACACCGCACCGCCUGAGAAUGGAUCCACGCCUGCUCACACCCCGAGUGGACCGCCAACAAAUUCGCCGAAGCGGAAGAUGGUCAAAUUGAACCCUAACGGGAAGCUUCUCAGCUCGCCAAAGGGACCAACAGCUGCAAAGGGUCCAACAGGUCCAACAGGUCCAAAGGGGGCCGAUGACAAGUCGAAGAAGAGAAGGACCAGCGCGCGUGUCAAACCCGGUCCCAAGACGAAGGUGGUGGUAUUGAAUUAUGGAAAUCAGAUUGGAAAGCUAGUGGACGACAUCAUCGCCGGUCGAACGAAGCAUGCCCCGAAACCGAUUCCUAGUAUCCCUAAAAAGGAGCACCCGCCUCAACCUCCGAAACCCACGCACCCGUUCUUCAUGAAAAAACCAGCACGCAAAGCAGAUACCCCCGAAACACUUGCUCCUCAAGAUUCCACUCCAGUGCCGUCCGAUCGGUCCCAGAUCACCCGGUUGGGCCCGUCAAAUAAUACGCCGUUUGUCACCUUCAAACCGCGUCCUAAGUUUCCGGAUGCAAUCCAUCCCAUUUGGCCUCCGCGGGACCUAGCCCACGUGAGAGGGUUCCAAGGAGUGACUGGCCGUAUUCAUGAUGACACCACUACUCUUCGUCAGGACGAGCGCAAAGCCAAAUCGGCGGCCGUGAGCAUCCCGGACCACGAGAGCGUACUCGCGUCUCCCUUGAGGAGCCCUGUCCAUGAUCCAAAACAGAUCCUCCGCGUCCCGAAUCGACAUCUCGCAAGCGGUCCCACGCUACAAAAAGCGGUUGCCAAACAGCUGUCGAGUGUGCCCGGUACAACCAGCCACCACGCCAUCACGAACCUCCACUCCUCCAUCCCGACUUCCUUGAACGCCUUUGAUCGGGGAGACUACGAAAGCAGCCUCUGGGCGCACAAGUACGCCCCCACCACCGCAGAGCAGGUAUUGCAGGUCACCAGCGAAGUCACCAUGCUCCGAGACUGGCUCAGGCACCUGAUGGUUUCCACUGUCGACACGGGAAAGCCGUCGCUAGACAACAGGGUCAAGAAAGAAGAGAAGAAGCGGAAGAAGCAGAAGAAGUCGGACAAGAUGGAUGGGUUCAUCGUAUCGAGUGGCGACGAGGCAUCCGAGAUGGACGAAGUCGCCGCCGAGUCCGACGAUGAAUUGGCCGGCGAUGUGACUGUCUCUGCCAAACGAACCGUCGUACGGAUGGGUGAUCGAACCCCAGGCUCGAAGGUGGGCGACAAGGGCCGCCUGUCCAACGCGAUAUUGUUGAGCGGACCCCCCGGUUGUGGAAAGACUGCUUCUGUUUACGCGGUAGCGAAAGAGCUCGACUUUGAAGUCUUCGAGUUGAACCCCGGGAACAGACGCAGUGCGCGAGACAUUGUGGAGCGCGUGGGCGACAUGACUCGAAAUCAUUUGGUCCAUCACUUGAGCGGCGGUGGUGAGAAGUCCCGCUCUCAGUCGCCCGAUCCCAGUCUGGAUGCUACGGAGGGUAACAAGCAGAACAAACUGAUGGGUUUCUUCAAGCCCAAAUCGACCACCCAGCCAGAUAAGGCGCCCAAGGUCAAGGAACCAGAUACCAACAAGGAGUCAGAUCCGAAGCGUGGUCGGACUCAAAAGCAAUCGCUCAUCCUUCUCGAGGAGGCCGAUCUUCUGUUCGAGGACGAUAAGCAGUUUUGGUCCGGUGUGCUCACGCUUAUCACCCAGUCCAAGCGCCCGAUCAUCAUCACCUGCAACGACGAAAGCCUCAUCCCGGUAGCCGACAUCUCCCUCCACGCCAUCCUGCGUUACCGACCGCCCCCUCCGAACGUAGCGGUUGACUACCUCCUCCUCUUGGCGGCCAACGAGGGCCACAUGGUGCGACGAGAGGCCGUGGCGGAUCUCUACCUCAGCACUGGCCGAGAUCUGCGGAGGACGAUCAUGGAGCUGGACUUCUGGUGCCAGAUGGCCCUCGGGAGCGAGAAAUCGGGGAUCGAUUGGCUGAUUGACCGGUGGCCCCAGGGCGCCGAUCUGGACCCGAACGGAGAUCCGCUGCGCGUGGUCAGUCUGAACACGUACCAUCGCUACAUGGGGUGGUUCAGUCGCGACAUGUUGAUGGACCAGAGCUUGGACGGGGAGGUGGAGACCCAGCAGGAAGCGCUCUCCUGGUGGAGACUCAGCGCACAGGAUUCGGAGAUCAUGGAAAUGUAUCGCGACCGGUCGUGCGCUGCUCCCGCUUCUACACGAGCGGAACAGCACGAACAGCUCCGACAUUUUUCGGACAUGGCGGACAUGAGGAGUGUGAUGGACCUCUUGAGCACCGACUGUCCGCUCGACCCGAAGAUGGAUGCCAUCGACACCUCGAGCCCACCUCCGUCGGAGAAACAACGACCGAACUACAUCGAUGGCUAUCCGUUGCUGAACGCCGAGCUCGUCCCGGACUACUCCUCUUUGCAAGUCGCCAUCGGCAGCACAUUCGAGGUCCUCCUCGGACGGGUAUCCCGGGGCGAGUCGCCGGACGUAGAAUCCUCGCGGGCCACUCACGUCCUGGCAAAUGUGGCCCAGCCUCCCGUCGCCGGCCGGCCACAGUCCCCGUUCCUCGCCGCCUUCCAACCCAUCCUGCGUGCCAACUACGUUUUCCCCAUCCCCUCGGGGCGAUUAGCGCCGUCCUUUGACAACGGCAUCAGCCCGAUCGUUGAGGACCUCGCCCCGUAUAUCCGGGCGAUCAUGGCGUUUGACCUCCGCCUCGAGCGAUUUCGUCUGCAACUGAGCGGAGUCCUGUCUCACGGCAAGGAUGAGACGAAACGAAUACGGACGACCAGAGCCAGUCGGGCGGCCCUGGAGGGCGGAAGCAAGUCCGACACCCGGCGGGAGCGAUGGUUCCCUAUGGAUGCCAAUCCGGGGCUGAUCCAGUCGACGGGCGGACAGGGGUGGCAGGACCUCCUCGUCCAGCAGGGGCAUUUUCCCGAAUCGCCCGGCGGGAAUUCCGCCCAGCGGUCCAAAUCCUCCCUGUUCGCGGACGAUCCGCCCUCGGGCGGCGGGGGCGGUCCCAUGGGCUCCUCGUCUCUCUUCGCGGAUGACGACGAGGGCGCCGGCGGCGGAUCUCCCUGGGGCAACCACGCGUCUAAACGAACAGGUCGUCAUGAGCUCGUGAAGACCCUCCUCCCUGAAUCGGACGUGCCCGAGAGCUACAUCGACUCGUACGACCUGGUGCUCAGCGUCGGGGAGCGCGUGGGCAGUGGAGUUGGCUUGACCUCGGUACGGGAGAUCCUAUCCGGCAGCGGACUCACGGCUACAGAUCAGGCCAAAAUUCUCAACCUGGUGGUGUCUGGGGAGGUCGAUAGCUCCACUGGGCUCGGGCGCAGCGAGUUCAACGUGCUGUUGGCGCUGGUGGGCCUGGCGCAGGAGGGGGAGGAUCUGACACUGGACAUGGUCGACGACCGACGCAAGAAACUCCCCACCCCACAUAGCUCCUACUUCGAUUCGCUGCGCGCGAAGCAGGAACCGCCGGAGUCGGGUCAGUCGCAGGACCGGCCGACCACGCCGCCUCCGCCGCACAUCCAGGAACCGGAACCCUCGCCGGCCCAGUCUCGCCGCGAGCGACCCACGUCCAUGGGCGGGUUGGAGUCCGACCCCUGGGGCAGUCCUGACAUGCAUCGCGGCCACACCCACACGCAGGCCGAGUCGGAGAACCCCGUGCUGAACGGCUACGGCAGUGCGCGGUCGGCGACCAACGCCUGGUCAACCAAACCGGGCGGAUCGCUCAAUGGCGGCCGUGGCCACGGGCGGAUGGAGAGCGCGCCAUCCUCCGGGGGGUCUGGAUUCGGCUGGGGCGAGAGCUUUGGCGCUCCGGCAGGCGGGGGCUCCCGGGCAGGGCUUGGCGGGUUUGGACCGCCGUCCGGCGACGCCGACGAGUCGAACCCGCGUCGGCGAUCGCUGGGGAUGGGUGGGAUGGCGAGCCCGCUCCUGGAGGAGCUAGUGACGAUCACGCUGCUGCCGGAGAAGGAGGGGAUGUUCAUGUUCCAGCACCGGAACUACGAGGUGAAAUCGGCGCGGCGCGGGAGCACGGUGGUACGGCGGUACAGCGACUUCGUCUGGCUCUUGGAUUGUCUGCAGAAGCGGUACCCUUUUCGACAGCUUCCUCUGCUUCCACCGAAGCGACUGGCAGUCAAUGGCACUUACCUCGCAGCGGAUUCGACCUCAUUUCUUGAAAAGCGGCGGCGCGGGUUGGUGCGGUUCACGAACGCGCUGGUACGGCACCCGGUUUUGAGCCAGGAGCAGCUGGUCGUUAUGUUUUUGACUGUGCCGACGGAAUUGUCUGUGUGGCGGAAGCAGGCCACGAUCUCGGUGCAGGAUGAGUUCAGCGGACGGGCGCUACCACCGGACCUGGAAGAGUCACUGCCGGCGAACCUGACGGAACUGUUUGACACAGUGCGAAACGGGGUGAAGCGGUCGGCAGAGGUGUACAUCCAGCUGUGCACGCUGCUGGAGCGACUAGCGAAGCGCAACGAGGGCCUGGCAGCGGACCAGCUGCGGUUCUCGCUGGCACUGCAGUCGCUGACGGAGGUGACGCGGGAGACGUACGCGGUGGACACGAACGACGUGCCUCUGCUAAACGAGGGGAUUAAGGCGACGGCGCGACACCUGACGGCCAGCCAGAGUCUGCUGGAGGACGAGGCGCGGGCGUGGGAGGCGGGAAUGCUGGAGGACCUGAAGCGCCAGCGAGACUGCCUGGUGAGUGUGCGGGAUUUGUUCGACCGGCGCGACCGGUACGCGCGCAACAAUAUCCCGCAGCUGGAGCGACGGAUUGAAGGACAUGAACGGCGACUGCAGGAGUUGCGGGCGGGGGGGACGGGGAAGCCGGGGGAAAUUGAGAAGGUGGAGGAUGCUAUUUUCAAGCAUGCACGCGGGGUGUUUAUCCGGGAGUGCGUGCGCGAUGAGCUGGUCUACUUCCAGCAGAGUCAGUAUCACAUCAGCCGGCUGCAUCAAGACUGGAGUCAGGAACGUGUCAAAUACGCAGAGCUGCAGGCGGAUAACUGGCGGUCGUUGAGUGACCAGGUGGAGGGGAUGCCAUUGGGGGAUUAA